AGGCGGCUCGCAGCAUGAGUCGCCACUUGGAUCUGGUGCGGAGCUUCCUGGAGCAGCUGGAGGCCCGGGACCGCCGGGAGGGAGCAAUCCUUGCCCGCGAGUUCAGCGAUAUUAAGGCCCGCUCAUUGGCCUGGAAGACUGGAGGUGUGUGCUCCACGAAGGUCGGCAGUCGGCUUGGGAACACGAGGAAGAACCGCUACAAAGACGUGGUGCCAUAUGAUGAGACGCGCGUUAUCCUUUCCUUGCUCCAGGAGGAGGGACACGGAGAUUACAUCAAUGCCAACUUCAUCCGGGGCACAGAUGGAAGCCAGGCCUACAUCGCGACACAAGGACCCCUGCCUCACACUCUGUUGGACUUCUGGCGCCUGGUUUGGGAGUUUGGGGUCAAGGUGAUCCUGAUGGCCUGUCAAGAGACAGAGAAUGGACGGAAGAAGUGUGAACGUUACUGGGCCCAGGAUCAGGAGCCACUGCAGACCGGGCCCUUCUGCAUCACUUUGACGAAGGAGACACCAGUGAAUGCAGACAUCGUUCUCAGGACCCUCCAGGUUACAUUCCAGAAGGAAUCCCGCUCUGUGCACCAGCUACAGUAUAUGUCCUGGCCAGACCACGGGGUUCCCAGCAAUCCCGAUCACAUUCUCACCAUGGUGGAGGAGGCCCAUCGCCUCCGAGGAGCUGGCCCUGGACCCCUCUGUGUCCACUGCAGUGCUGGGUGCGGACGAACCGGUGUCCUGUGUGCUGUGGAUUACGUGAGACAGUUGCUGCUGACCCAGACAAUCCCACCCAAUUUCAGCCUCUUCGAUGUGGUCCUUGAGAUGCGGAAACAGCGGCCUGCCGCAGUGCAGACGGAGGAGCAGUACAGGUUCCUGUACCACACAGUGGCCCAGCUCUUCUCCCGUACUCUCCAGAACACCAGCCCCCACCAUCAGAAUCUCAAGGAGAACUGUGCCCCAAUCUGCAAGGAUGCCUCGUCCCUCAGGACCUCCCCAGCCCUGCCCGCCUCAUCCCGCCCACCAGGUGGGGUUCUCAGGAGCAUCUCGGUGCCCGGGCCCCCGACCCUUCCCAUGGCCGACACGUACACGUACGCUGUGGUGCAGAAGCGUGGCGCCCCCGCGGGCACAGGGCCGGGGACGCGGGUGCCCAGCAGCGCGGACACCACGCUCUACAGCCACGUGGCUCCGCGUUCCCAGCGGCCGAUGACACACACCGAGGACGCCAGGGGGACGACGCCACUGGGCCAUGUUCCUGCGGAUCAAAACCCUCCCGGGCCUGAUGCCUAUGAAGAAGUAAUAGAUGGAGCGCAGAGUGGUGGUCUAGGCUUCAACUUGCGCAUUGGAAAACCCAAAGGGCCACGGGAUCCUCCAGCGGAGUGGACACGGGUGUGAGUGCUGUGCCAGUUACGGCCUGUCUCUCAGUGGUGGCUGGACUUCUGCAGCCACCAUGCUGCUGUGCACUGUGUUGGGAAUGGGACUUGUGGGUCUGCAUCAAAAUAAAAGUUUCUCAGGGCGGAAAAAAAUAAGGGCUUUGCCCCAGUGAUUAUAGCAAUCAAACCCGAGACUUGGAGAGGUAAGUGCGAGGUCACCGGCGGUGGGUCUACCUGAGAAAAUUUAAGAAAGAUCACCCAAAGUGGGCAUUGCAGCUCCCCUCUCCACAGAAUGAGAGGUGUAUCCUCAGUACUGGGGUCUCCUUUGCCCAGACACUCAAGUGAUCACAGGGGGAUGAGGUAGAUGGACUCUGAGGAUGGGUAGUUGGGCCUCUUGCUGUUCAGACAGAUCCAAGUCAAGCCUAGCUACAGCCAAAUGGACCUGACUCCAGACAAGCAGAUGAGAGACAGAGACAGAGAGACGGGGAGGGGGGGGAUUCCAGAUAGGAAAAGAUAUGGCUCACCAAAUCUGGACGUAGAGCUAGAUCCCUAAAUACCCACACCUUCAGAGGGGUUGUCUAUGGCAAAACAGAUGGACCUCAGCCAGAGAGAAAUGAAACAACCAAUAGCCUUUAAGACCAGUUCCAGCCAGUGAUCACCAGUCCCCAAAAGUCAGACCCUCAUUCUGCCAGGUAGACAGCCAGAUGGACUCCUAGCUAGACAGAACUCCAGUCAUAAACAAUUUCCAGAUGAACAAUACACAGACAUCCCAGUUAUACUGGGAAGACCGACUGAGCUUCCAGCCAUAGACAGAAUGGCUAAACUCCCAACUAUCCAGACAGAUGGAGUUUCUCCUACAUAGAGCUCCUAUUUGGGUGGACACAUUGAUAUUGCUCCUUUUGGUCAGACAGCUGCCAGAGAGGCAGAUAUACAUCCCUAGCUGGGCAUGUAUGGUCUGGAUAGUGGGAUGUGUCUAGACCAUGCACAGCUAAGCUGACCUGGCGUAUUCUCAGGCAGAAUCCCAGCUAGCAGAUUGAUGAACUUCCAGCCUUCAUCUAGAUAGGAACCCAUAGGGGGACCUUCGGGUGAAUAACUACCUUCAGGUAGAGCUAGAUUCCACGCCAAAAUUUGCCAGCCAAAUUCCAAGCUAGAUAGAUAGACAGAAAGCUAGCCAGACUGCCAAGUGGACCCCAACUAGUCAGACAUGAUGAUCCUCUAGAUGAACCAACAAACCUCCCAAAUGAAUAUAUAUAUACAUCUCCAGCAAUACAGAUGGAGGCCCAAAAAAUUAGACUCUGUCUAGAUGGACCCUGGGGAGGCAGAAGACCUGUCCAACAUACUGAACACCAUUGUUCAGAGUGUAGCUAGACAGUCAGCCUUGAGUAGAACAGACAGAUAUACCCAGGCUGCCACUUGGCAGACACACCUGCAGCCAGCUACAUAGACCUCGGACCUAAUAAGACAGAUGAACCAAACCCCAGAGUGACAGACCAUCAGUCAUGAGCUGAAGGGCUAAUGAGAUAGAGGUCUUCACUGGAAAGUGCACCCCAGAGUCCUACCUUGACAAAGCCCUCAGACAGAUGCCUGCCUGAGUUGACAUGCAGACCUCCAGCUAGAGACACCUAUAGCUCGACCCCCAUGUAAACUCUCAAUGAGCUAGAAAGAUCUCUGGCUGGUCACAGAAAUGGAUCACCCAGUCAGAUAAAUAGUGCGCCAUCCAGAAAGACAGAACUUCAAACCUCCUUUCUUGAGAUGCAGAUGAGCAGAUUCUCUGAGACGGAAAGCCAUGAAUAAAUAAAUGCACAAUGCUCUAACCCUGAUCCUCCCCCACCCCCCACCAUGAUGCCCGCAAAUAAUUCACUCUGGUUAUGCCUUCUGACAUAGUACCUUCUUCAGGCUCUUGGAAAAGCUGUCUUGAAUUUGAUGAAGGCUCCUACCAGGAACUUGCUUAGCUAGGCACACAUCACUAAAAUGAUUAUUGUGAGAAUUCAAUGAAGGGCAGGUUAAAAAAAAAGUAUGAAACGUGUCUUAUUUGGCCACAGUGUCUAUUGGCAAGUGCUGGGAGAUCUUUAUGCCAACAGGAAGCAGGGAUGACAGGGAAACCUUGAGAACCUUCAGCACCUCAGUUGAAUCAAAACUCUAAGGAAAGUUGGGCUGAUCAUGCUGAGAGGCAGCUUGGAGCAGAGAAGGGUCAGGGUGCCAUUUUCAGAGCACGGGCUGGGAAUGACCACCCUGAAGUAAAAAAAUGAAAGGCAGAGGGGUGAUAGGGUGUCAUUUGGCAUGUAGGUUAAUCUCAAAGGCAGAACUAUUGUUGACUUCCUCAGUUCCAGAGACCAGCAAGGAGAGCAGUACAUUCCUGGAAACAGGGAACUGUUGCAGGAAGAGGAAGAACAACAGUUCAUCCUGACGGAAGAGAAACCAACCAAAGUUCUCUCCUGGAGGCCAGAAGAUAGGAUGGUUUGAGGUUGACAGGGUCAGUUCUGAGCUCAGCGAACACUGUGCAGGUCCUAGCUGCCCGGUCUGAGUAGAAAGAAAGUGGCUGUGCUGAACAAGAGAGCAUGUCUCUAGCGUCAGCUGACUAGGAAGACUCCCGGGUAAUCUUUUGGCGGGUCCUGUCAGUUCCACCUUGGAAAUCUACCCUAAGUCAGACUGCUGCUCACUCCCAACUGGACUCUGCAGUCACUUUCCUAACCUCCCUCUUAGUUCCCUUUUGCUCAGGAUAAAAUGCCAGCCUGCUAGGCUUGUUGCUUUGAACCCUGAAUGAUAGUUAUAUUGAAUGUCAACUUGACAGAAUCUAGAAUCGCCUAGGAGACACACACCUUUGUAAGAGAGUCUAUAAAUCGGGUUAAUAAAAGUGGGAGGACCCACCCUCGGUGUGGACAGCACCAUGCCAUGGGCUGGGGUCCUGGACUGAGUAAUAAGAAGAAAGCAAGCUGAGCACUUGAAUUCAUCGCUGCUUCCUGAACGCAGAUGUAAUGUGACCAGCUGCCAUGCUCCUGCCUUGACUUCCUCACUGUCAGG